GUUGCUGAAACAUUGUUGCCAUUUUUGUAUUUUUGGAAACCAAUCAAAAUACUGAAUGGGUUUUAAUCUAACAUUUCUAAAUUUUUGGCAAUCAAAACUAAAAACCAGCAAUGACCAUGAUACUAAGCAUACCCAUAAUUCUCACUUCAUGCAAAUUUGAAUUCAAAUUUGAAAACUCUGUAUUUGGGAAACAGGCCAAUAUUGAUGGCACCAAAAUUUGGUCUUGAUGAUGGCUCUGGCUCAAGCUUUGACGCCACACUAGUACUUGCAACCAUGCUUAUAUCACAGCUACAUGAAGGCAAUCCCUCCAUACCUCCACAAGCAGCUACAACAAUGCAUGACCAAGCUAUGCCUGGGCCAGGAUCACAAGGACAACAAGAGAGGUGUAGAGCAAAUGUUUCUGAGCAUCCAUCUGAUCACACCCGAAUUUGGUCUGACCUUUCAGGAAGUGCAACAAGAAGCAGUGAUGUUGUAGAAGAAAGGCCGCUACAAGGGAAACAAAACUUGAAUACUAGUGAACAGAGGGAGAUUCAAAGAAUUAGCAUGAUUCAGAUAACAAAGGAUGCACCUCCCAAAGAUAAAGAUCCUGCUGGUCCAAGCUUCUGUCAUCCUGCAGAAAAGGAUAAUGUCAAAGAAGCCCAAGAUAGGUCCCAAAUUAAUGGCCAUGGCCUGGGGUUUUCACAACAUCAUCCUAGUAACUGGAUAGAUGCAGAUGAGGAAGAUGAUGAUGAAGGGGAUGAGAAUGAACUAUGUGUUCAGUCAACACCACCAUAUUAUGAAGAGCAGUAACAAUAUUUCUUCCUCUUAAUAACAGGAUGCUCAGUUGUUUUCUUUCAGUGUAAGUGUAUGUCUCUUCCAUGUCUGAUUUAUGCACGUUUCAUCCUUCCACCCUGUUUCAGCUAGGGCACUAGAGUAAGAAUUAGUUUGCAUGGAUCAAAAUCAGCUGCAAUAUUUGGAAAGUGAAUCAUGUUGAUUAAACUAUUUUGUAAGCUGCUUAUAUUAAUGAUUUAAAUUCCUUUGGCUUGUCUCAGAUCUCAUGUUACCCUUAGGUUUAGACCAUUGAGGUUUAGUUGUAAAUCAAUGAUAUGUAAGAAUCCACUGGCAUAGCGUGUCCCACCUCCCACCCCUGUUUUGAAAGGAACAAUGAUACGUAACAAUUGCUAUAUGCUUCAUUUAUGGUAUUUUUUCAUUAUAUUAUUCUAUCACAACCAACAAAAUUUCCCCGGAUUUCUCCAGAAAACAAGAUGCAUGGAACCUUUCUUUAGGAAAUGAUUUGAUUUGAAAAAGGCAUGAAACAUGUAAACUGGAUUAUUGAGAGACUUUUAGAGGUUUACUCUUGAACUAUUUAUGGUAUUUACUGCCUUUGACUCCCGUUGUAGGUUCUAAACUACUUAUGGUGUUUGCUGCCUUGUAGAUCAUCUCAUCUUCCGCUCUACAACUACAACAAAAAACCCAUCUGACUUUCUAUCUGCCCCAAGAUUCUCCACUUGCUGUUCAAACUGAAAAAUGCUGCUUGCUAGAGACAGUAUUUAAUUUGGAAAAGAAAUAUUGAAAGUAGCCAGCUGGCGAGAUGAGGGUUGAUUUUGGGACGCGCAAACACCGUGUCAGUGAUCUGUGCAGAGGGCCCACGUUUCAUAACGGCUACGUGCUCAUUACGUCGGUGCUAACGCCGUCAAGUAUUUUCUCGAAUUAUUUUUUAUUAAAAAAAUAGAUUUAUUUUUAGUAAUCGUGUAGCCUUUUGUGAUGUUACCAAAUUGAAUUUGUUCUUGUGGUCUUGUGGACCGUGCCAUGGUAGAAAGUCUUGCUGUUCUUGCAUGUUGUAACUAGUAAUAAACGAAUUUAUAAGAU